UCGUAGAUCCUUGUUCUUCUUUCAUACGAAGAGAACUGGUGCUCCAUAUAGGGAGUUACUAGCGCGGAUCCAACCCUUGUCCAACAAGUCGUUGAGUUGUGCGCGGAGGACCGCGAGCUCCUCCUCGCUCAUGCGAUAGAUGCAACCUUUUGGCGGCAUGACACCGACCUCAAGAAUUAUCUCGUGAGAGAUUGACCGGUCCGGCAUGACAGCGGAGGAGGAAGAGGAGGAGGAGGAAGAGGAGGAGGAGGAGGAGGAAGAGGAGGAGGAUAAAGACGAGGAGGAAGAGGAGAAGGAGGAGGAGGAGGAGGAGGUGGAAAUGGAGGAGGACGAAGAGGCGAUGGAGGAGGACAAAGAGGAAGAGGAGGACGAGGAGGUGGAAGACGAGGAGGAAGACGAGGAGGAAGAUGAGGAGGAAGAGGAGGGGGCGGACGAGAAAGAGGAGGAAGAGGAGGAGGAGGAGGAGGAGGAAGAGGAGGAGGAAGAGGAAGAGGAGGAGGAGGAUCAGAUCAAGAAAUGACUUGUGAUAUCUCCCUACCCCCCCCCUCCCCCCCCGUCCCCUCUCCCCCUCCCACCCUUCCUAUUACAUUUGAAAUCGAAAUCCCCAAGACUUCCACCCACCGUCCCUCACCUUCCCCCUCUCCUUCUCCCCUUCCCCAUUCAUACCCCAGCUUCUCCCGCACCCCGCCUCACCCUUCUUCUCCCCAGAAGAGUAGAACGGAGCCGAGUCACAAAAAUCAAAGCAAAGAACAAAG